AUGCAGUUUGUGUCAACACGGCCGCAGCCGCAGCAGCUGGGCAUCCAGGGCCUGGGGUUGGACGGCGGUGGCUGGAGCUGGGCGCAGGCGCUGCCCCCGGAGGAGGUGUGCCCGCCCGAGUCGGCGCUGCGCGCGGACAUGGCCGAGGGGAUGCCCCCCAUGCAGGCUCAGGAGUGGGACAUGGACACACGGCGGCCAGUACCUUUCCAGUUUCCACCCUUCCCAGACCGGGCUCCCGUCUUCCCUGACCGAGUGAUGCGUGAGCCCCAGCUGCCCACAGCAGAGAUCUCUCUCUGGACAGUGGUGGCCGCCAUCCAGGCUGUGGAGAGGAAAGUGGAUGCCCAAGCCAGCCAGCUGAUGAACCUGGAGGGGCGCACAGGGACUGCCGAGAAGAAGCUGGCUGACUGUGAGAAGACGGCCGUGGAGUUUGGGAACCACAUGGAGAGCAAGUGGGCUGUGCUGGGGACACUGCUGCAGGAGUACGGGCUGCUGCAGCGGCGGCUGGAGAACAUGGAGAACCUGCUCCGCAACAGGAACUUCUGGGUCCUGCGGCUGCCCCCGGGCAGCAAGGGCGAGGUGCCCAAGGUCCCAGUGACCUUCGUGGACAUUGCUGUCUACUUCUCGGAGGAAGAAUGGAAGAGCCUUGAUGGGUGGCAGAAGGAGCUUUACCACAACCUGGUCAAGGAGAACUACAAAACCCUGGUGUCACUGGAUGGGGAGAACUCGGGCCCCAAGCCAGAUGCUGUGCCCCAACGUGAUACAAGGGAGGAGCCGUGUGUAUGGGAGCAGCGCAACCCUGAAGAAAGAGACAUCCCCAUGGAUCCUGACACAGGAACAGAGCCCCUGCUGCCCACACAGGACGCGUCCUCUCAGGUGAAGCGUGAAGAGACUCUGAGUGUUCGAGGCCAGCGGGCUGUGGAGGAGAGGGAGCUCCCCACGGAGCCCCUAGCUGACUCCCCAUUGUCUGCCCAGGACCUGCUGGCCCGGAUCAAGCAGGAGGACCACCAGUGUGUGUGGGAUCAGCAGGAUUUGGUGGAGAGAGAUAUCCCAACAGACCCCAAUUCAGAGUCUCUGCUCUCAGCACAUGAUAUUCUGUCAUGGAUCAAGCAGGAGGAGCAGCCAUUCCCGUGGGGCUCGAGAGACACCGUGGAGGGAGAACUCGGGUUAGACUCUGGCACUGGUGACAAUUUACUGAUGGUGAAGAACCCCGGCCCGGCUCCUCCACAGCCCCCGCCGCAGCCCGGUGGAGAUGGCACGGCCGGGACACUGCGGGGGUGGCCUGGUGACCACGACGGAGACCAGGUCACCACAGGGGUGCCCAGCUCACGGUGGGACCACCUGCGUCACUGCAAGGCUCUAGACUAUGGUUCCGCGCUCCGAGCUGCUCGUCGCCCUCCAGCCACAGGGGGCGCCACGGAGCACACGCCGUGGGGCCGGGCGGCCAAAGCCAGUCUUGGCCCGGAGACCCCCCUACUCCCAGCAUGCACGGCGCGCCUCCCAGCAUGCACCUGCGUCAACAGCGGCGGCGGCUUCCAGUGCGUCCCGCGCGAUCUGGGGUCGCAGACGGCCGGGCUUUGA